GUUUGUUGGUUUUUUUUCAGAAAAGCAGGCUAAUAGCUAAGGGGGCAUUUGCCAGUGUAAGACUGUAAAGGUCCAGGAGGAGCAGGGAGGUUUUGCCAGGUGGUGAGAGAUUAGAUCACGUACAGAAGUACUUGUGUCAUAUUCCAGGGGAGGCUGCAAGGCCGGUUGCUGAACAACACACAGAUGUGUCUUAAAAAGGAAAAGUAAGAGAUCCCAGAUCUAAUGAACCAUUUACUGGAGCUUGGUUCUUGGUAAUCCACAAUAAGACGGGCUUUGUAAUAGGAAUCCUGGGGGAGUUUAUGGAGCAAAUAAAAGGAGGGGUGUUCCCCAGCAUUCCUGAGCUGCAGACCUCUUCCACGUAUAUCUGCACCCCCUACGUUUCUUGCCCUUUUAUCAAAUAUUUAUAAAAACCCCUACUGAUCAAAUAUUUAUAAAAUCCCCUACUGAUAAUUAAUAUGGCUUUGUAGAAGAAUGCAUGAAAUAAUUAUAAAUGCCUUGUUUAACAUACCAAGUUUUAGCUGAAUUGUUAAGAGAGUUUGAAGGGCUCUAAAAUCAUCAGCAGAUUCAGUGAAGUGGUACAUUAAUACCAAAAUUAUAAAGUAAGUCAGGAAUUGGCUACAAGACAGCUAGAAAUUGAAUUUAUUAAUAUGUAUUUUUUUAAUAGAGAGAAGGGUAAAUUAGGCUAAGUCAUCGCACAGUGUUCAUUACUACAUUCCUUAAUUGUGGACAAAAACAUUAAAGAUACACUGCUGAAUUUUGCUUUUAAGAAUGAGAUACUGCUAUUGGAGAUUAGGAUUAGGAUGCACUAGAUGACUUGGAAAUUGGUCUAGUGAGACAGUGAUGAGGUCUGAACCAUAAUGUUGUACGACAAAUCUUGUAUCAGUGAAAGAAAUUUAGGAUCAAACCAGAGUAUAGAGAAAACUGCAAGCAAUAAUAAGGAAAACCAGAAACUCGGCCUUAUAAGUGGACCUUGGAAAGUUUGACAAUUAUUCAUUCUAAUGAAAGUUGAGAGAGGAUAUCAACACUCUUGAUAAUUGUAAGAAUGAAUAAAUAUACAAAAGAAAAUGAUGUCAAAUAACAAUUUUAACAGAAGAACAAAUAUAUGUAAGCAUUAAUAAAUUGAUGUGUAAUUAAGAGGUUUACAGUCUCUACACCAAUGUACUGGAAUAGAGUCUUUGUGGUAAUAGUGUGGUAAAAGAAAACUUUCUGAAACAUUGAUUGCUUGUAUGAAAGUGAUCAUAUGAUGUCUUGUCUAAAAUAGCAUAGUUCAACUUGAUUACAGUAGAUAUUUCCAUCUUCAUAAUACAAAUAGAAAUAUUACUGAAAUUGGUAAUUUUAUCAUCAGAAAGCAUAUUGUAGGUUGGAGCUUGCUAUAGAAAUGACAUGUAAGUGGAGAAAGAUGUCUAGUAUCAAUUGUCAGUUCCAGAAUUUUGCAGAAAGGUUUAUGUUUCUUUUAGAAGAAGUGUUAUUUGAUGUGAUGCCAAAUAAACUUUGAAAUUCACUUUCUUUUAUAAAAAAGUUUCAUUCAAAUGUGGGAAACUAAUGUUAUUGAAGCAACUCUGCUUUUGAAGAUUCAGCCUUUUGAGGAGCAGGCUUUUAAAUUCAUAAGAAAAGGGUAUUCUAGAGAAUUCUGACAUAGGAAAAAGUUUCAUGAUUUAUGGAAGUUGGGGUUUAUGAGGCCAUACAUUAUCAGAAUAAAUGGUGGUCUUGUUCUUCUGUAUUUUCCUAGUUCCUCAGGCUUAGAAUGGAAAGAGUGAAUACGUUGAGAUUGUCUGGCCAUGGGAAGGAGAAGAUGCCUGCUCCAAGGGUGCCAGUGCUGGCAGCAAGAUCACUGGAUCUCUUCUCUUCCAGGAGACAUGGAGGAAUAGAUUGAAGAAAACAUGGCCAAUCAACGGGAUUACAUUAGCAGACCUAUUUGCAAUGGAAUUUCUGUUCCUGAAAAUAAAAUCAAUUCCUUAGUGGCUGAAGGUCAUGGACAACAAAUUCUGAAAGUACUACAAAAGUUCAGAGAACAAAAUAUAUUUUUUGAUUUUAAAAUUCGUGUGAAAGAUGAAAUAAUUCCCUGUCAUCGUUGCGUACUGGCAGCAUGCAGUGAUUUUUUCAGAGCCAUGUUUGAAGUUAAUAUGAAAGAACGGGAUGAUGGCAAUGUUACUAUUAGUAACCUAUCACCUAAGGCAGUGAAAGCUUUUCUUGAUUAUGCUUACACGGGAAAAACAGAGAUAACCAAUGAUAAUGUGGAAAUGCUGUUCCAACUGUCAUCAUUUCUUCAAGUUUCACUCCUUUCCAAAGCUUGCAGUGACUUCCUAAUAAAAAGUAUUGAUCUUGUGAAUUGCUUACAGUUGCUUUCUCUAUCAGAAAGUUAUGGGUCUGUCCGCUUGUUUGAUCAUGCGCUAGAUUUUGUACAACACCACUUUUCAUUGCUGCUCAGAUCGAGUGACUUCUUGGAGAUGAAUUUUGAGAUAUUACAAAAAUGCCUCGAGGCUGAUGAACUAGAUGUCCCUGAGGAAGAAUCAGUGUUGAAAGCUGUCCUCCAAUGGACCAAACACAACUUAGAAACACGGCAGAAAUACCUGCCUAAUUUGAUUAAAAAAGUGAGAUUACACCAGUUACCUGAAAAGACUUUGCAGGACUUUCUGCAUUCUGAAGAGCACUUACUUAAGAGUGCUAAUUGCUCAGUAAUAAUCAAUGAUGCAGUUAAAAGUGUGCAGAACUUCAGUGGAUUGUUUCCAGAUGCACGUCCUUCAACAACAGAAAAAUACAUAUUUGUUCAUAAAACUGAUGAAGAUGGAGAAAACAGACAUACAUUCUGCUACAACAUCAAAACAGAUAAAUGGAAAGAACUACCACAUACGCACAUGAUUGAUCUGCCAGGGUCAAGUUUGUCUAGCUAUGGAGAAAAAAUAUUUAUAACUGGAGGAUGCAAGGGUAAUUGUUAUAGGACUGUCAGGCUUCAUAUUGCUGAACCAUUUCAUGAUGCCACUGACCAAACCUGGUGCUACUGCCCAGUCAGCAAUGAAUUCUCCAUAGUGUCAGCUAUGAAAAAACCAAGGACAAUGCACACAUCUGUUGUAACCUUAAAUCAGCUCUUUGUGAUAGGUGGAAAGACCAGAGGAGCUCAAGAAACUCGGAGUCUUUUGGAUGUAGAAUCCUAUAACCCUCUUUCCAAAGACUGGAAAUCUGUAAGCCAGUUACCAAGAGGUAUCUACUAUCCAGAAGCAAGUGCAUGCCAGAAUAUAAUUUAUGUCCUUGGCUCAGAAGUAGAGAUUACUGAUGCCUUUAAUCCGUCCCUUGACUGUUUCUUUAAGUAUAACGCUAUGACUGAUCAGUGGUCUGAGCUUGUAGCAGAAUUUGGGCAGUUUUUCCAUGCAACUCUGAUCAAAGCUGUUCCAGUGAACUGCACAUUGUACAUAUGUGAUCUCUCCACCUACAAGGUUUACAGUUUUUGCCCAGAAACCUGUGUUUGGAAAGGGGAAGGAUCUUUUGAAUGCGCUGGCUUUAAUGCAGGGGCAGUUGGGACAGAAGACAAAAUUUAUAUACUAGGUGGUGAUUAUGCUCCAGAAGAAAUCACAGAUGAAGUUCAAGUCUACCACAGUAGUAGGUCUGAGUGGGAAGAAGUUUCACCAAUGCCAAGAGCCUUAACUGAGUUUUACUGUCAGGUCAUUCAGUUUAAUAAAUAUAGGGACCCCUGGUCACCUGUACUGACAAUUUGCUCUGGAGAAUUUUGAAACUCCCAAAUUAAAAGAGUCUAUUUAAAUGCACAAGUUGUAGAAUAGUUUUUAAGUAUUAGUUUAGAGAUGGAGAAAUAUGUACUUAUUUGUUUAAAUUUUCAGUUUCGAUUAAAUGCUGUAGGAUUGCUUUUGGAAGACUCCGUUAAAAUGUCAUUCAUGCUAGUCAUUAUACAGACAGUAUUAUAUACUUAAUUUUAUAUACAACUCUUCUCUGUAAUUAUUAGAAUAAUUUUAAAAAUUAUAUUAAUUUUCCAAAAAGAAUAUUCAUGAGGAAUUAGUUGUGUAAUAUGUGUCAUUAUUUCUGUAAUAUUCACUGUUGUCCCAAUAGACAAAUUGCUAAAUGAGAAAACUGACUGUGAUACUGUUUUCCCUAUGUAACUGAAGUUUAAAAGACAUUUUCAUUAGUGCGAUUCAGAUUUUCUAUGUUCAUAAACCUGUAAGAGGAAUACAUUGUCAGCUUUAUCUUAUCACAAUAACCUUAGCAAGGACAAGAGCCAAAGUGACCUUCACAGUAUUAAAACCAGGUAUUUAACUUGAAGAGACUGAUAAUUCCUGGCAUCUUACUUCAGCUCUUCAGUUUUGCCAGUUUUUCUCCAUCCUUGUGCCUUAGUAGUAGCUUUAUUUUCUGUUUCCAUGCCAUUAACUGUGGCAAAGUAAACUUCAAUAACAUACUGCAGGGUAGGUAAGAUUUCUACAGGACAGAUGAUUCAUGUGAAUACCUUUGCUUCAGUCAUGUUGCUAACUAAAGAAAGAAGACUUCAGGAUGUUUUCUGUCAGAAGUCUUCAUCUCUGAAGUCUUCAGUGCUACCUACUAAGCAGUCACUAGGCUGCUUAUAGCAGCAAGCUGUAAACUGAACCGUAGCUGUUGCUUCCGUUAACUAUGGGAAAAGGUUGUAUCUUGUCAUACAUCAAAUAUAAAGUUACAAACUACACCCCCAUAUUAAAAGGCAAUAGUAAAUAGUAUUUCUGAGGUGAGAAAUCAUCUCUUGUGGUUUAAAUUAAUUAAAACACUUUAUCUUGAACUUCAUUGUAUUUUUUAGAUGAAAAAAUAUUACACAGUUAACACUUCACAAUAUAUUGCUUGAUAAACUUUAGGUAGUCAGCUAUGAUAAUGUUAAAAUUGUAAUGGACUUUUAGUGCUACUAUUAGUCUAGCUAUAUAUUCUGAAGUAAAUUUGAUCUCAUGCUUGCAAAGUCAGUCUUCUUUCUGACAGGAGGACACUGAAAUUAGCUAGGUUUCAUAAAUUAAUUUGGAUUCUUCCACAGCCUGAGAAUUUCCUUUCUUACCAGGUAUCCAGAUAAGACACUGAGAGCCCUUAUGUUCCCUAUAAGUGUUGUGAAAGCAGUAAGGUUGUCUUCUGCCAGACAGAAAUCAUGAUUCUAAACAUUUAAUCACAUCUUUUCAAGAAGUUUAAAUAAUGAAUAAAAUUUAGUGAGGCAUCAGAGACAUCUUUUAUAUGUCUUGAGACAAUUGUGGUAAGUUCAUUAUCACAUCACUACUGCAUGUACUUUUUGUAAAAUCCAAGCUGAAUAUUAAUGCUUAAAGCUUAAUAUUGCCUAGAACAGGCUUCUGUUUUAAACAGUAAACAAUGGAAGGUUCUGAUUCUGUGACUGACUCUGUAAUUUGUUAUGAGAUACCCUUACAAAUUUAGAUAACAUUCAUCAUAGCAAUUUUUAUAAGCAUGUAAAAUAAAAUUAUGUAUAUUUGGAAUAGAGCAGGACCCUUCCACUCAGUAAUUUCUGUAUAUUAAUAUGUGUGUCAGUUCUGUAGAAGUAAGUAGCUUGCUACAGUAUUUCAGGCAACUUCCCCAUUUAUUUUGGUUUUUUUUUUCAUAAUAAGUCUCCAUAUUUUAACUAAACGUAGCUAGGUAACCUCUACAAUCACCUUGCAGAAAUGCAAGUAUUUUUAUAUUGGGACACAACUACUUUUUGUUAGUGCAAAGCAAAUGUAUUGAGUAGAGAGAGGAAGAAUACUAUUCCUACUUACUGAAACAAUAGGAAAAAACCAAACACAUAGGAAAAUGGUAGUUUUAGUUUUAAUGAAGCUACUCAGGGUAGCAUAGUGACUUCAUUAACCAUUAAUUAUUGCAACUUGUCACAUCAUUGGAAUAAAACACCCAAUUCACCUUCGCUUAUGUAUUUGUGUUGUGUUUAUUCCUGAGUAAUAUGAGUAGACAAUUUAUGCAUUGAGAAAAGUGACAUAAUAUGCCCGUAGUACAUGGGUAUAAAUAGCUAUGCAAAUUGAAAGAGACUAGAGAAUUGCAAGGGUGUUUUAAUUGCCACUGUCAUGACCAGAUUGCUGGGUCACAUAAACAGCAAGUGAGUGAGUCAUUCAGGUGGUGCUCUUUCCUCUAAGUUUUUGCCUACAGCAGAUCUUUUUGGCAGUCUUCCACCCAGCUACUUGCUGUAAGACUCUGGCAUCUGACAUCGGAUAGAGCAAUGACGUAUGUGAGAAAUUCCUCAGUACAGAGGAAUUAUAGACAGUGAAAACUGACUGUAGCUGAAUUGGGAAAAUAGACAUGCUUCUUUAAUAUUCUACACUAUACUUGUGCAGGAACUAAUGUCAGUUCCCAGUCUGAAAAAUCAUUCAUGGAUUUCACAGGGAGGUGAGCUCUUACUCAGUGAUCAGGAAAUAAUGUAGUAAUGUCAGUUACUUUCUAGUAUUGCUUACAGAAAAGUUACUGUGAAAUGGUACUGAUUUUCUGCAGUUAGGCACGUCAACCUGUACUACACUCUCACAGAAGGAAAAAGGAUCAUUUGCCACAUUUUCACAUACAAAGUAUUAAAUCUGGUAGCAGAAUAGAAUGCAGAAGAAGCAGAAGUGUUAGGAAGUCAUGUUUAAAAACAAGGCUUUAUCAUAGAAGAAAGGACCUAUGAUCCAAACCCUGUGAUUAAUUGCUAAAGAUGUAAGAAAUCUCAGUGAACUACACACA